GUAGUGAGUGAGUCGAAGGCCUCCAACCAUACGGUAGCAGAGGAGGCAAAAUCGGUUGCCACACCAUGCUGGACCUCCUUGGAUUGUUACCAUAAUUUGACGACUCGGCUCGACAGGGAACAACAACAAAAAGAUGAUACAAGCUCUUUUCAAGAAAGUUUUGAUUUCAGCUUUGGCACCCUCCAUGAGGAGCCCGUCAGGUUUCACGGGGUACUUUGCUCGCAAAGUGAUGCGAAAGUCCAAUCCAGUCUCAACACAAGUGGGAAUCCAGCGUCUAGAUUUGCAACCUUCCGAUGUUUUUGUGGAGUUGGGUGGCGGUGAAGGUGCUGGCAUUAAAGCUGUCUUUGACCAACCUGAUAAGGUCCCUUCCAUGAUCCAUUUGGUCGAGAUUAGCGAGGAUUUCCGCGCAGAGUUGACCCGAGUUAUCAAGGAAGAUCUUCCUCAAACUGACGGCAUUGGCAACAAAAUUGAGAUUCAUGGCGAAGAUUGCAAGCAGAUGCCCUAUCUACAGGACAAUAGUGUGUCGAAAAUGUUUGGUAUGAACGUUGUUUACUUUUUGGAUCCACUCCCAGAGUACCUGAACGAAAUCCAUCGUGUGCUCAAGCCUGGCGGCGUGGUGGUGUUUGGUUGCAAGUUCAAAAAUCUACCCAAAGACGAUAAUGUCUUUAUCAAUGUCGAAGAGCAGCCCAUUACCAGAUCAAUGGAGGCUGCCGGGUUUCAAGUUGGCACUGCCUUUGUGGAGGUCUCUGCAGACAACCCAGUCUGGAACUACCUAGAAGUCAAAGGCGUCAAAUCCGGUUGACGAGUACAAAAGAUAACCGAACUAGGCCUGCAAUUGAGUCACUUUCC